AUGCGGCGCGUCACGAUUCUGUUGCCCCUGGUCUUCUGUAUGUUGACACUCUCCCAAGAUCAGGAUGGCGAUCUUUACUUUUCGGUGAGUCCCGCGGAACAUUCGGUUGUCGAAGGAUCUCCAGUUCGUUUGAGAUGCGAGGCUGAACCAAGCUCGCAUGUUAAAUACUCGUGGAAAAUGGACGGACAGCAACUUGCUCCUAGCCCGCGAAGACAUCAGGUCGAGGGCGAUCUUUAUAUCACCAGGGUCAAUCGGAUCUUGGACAGUGGAAGUUUUGUUUGUGUGGCCAUGCACGAGGAAACCGGCUACUUGAUUGAAAGUUCGCCCGCCAAGAUUGACGUUCAAUGGGUCAGCGAAGCGAGUGUGCAGCUGCAGCAGCCAAAAUUGCCGUCCGCGAUCCGCGUGGGCAGCGAGAUCGAGCUUCGAUGUCACGUCGACGGCUCCGGCGACAUGACAUACGAUUGGUUCAAAAAUACGAUGAGCGUGACGCGAAGCGAUCAUAUCGAGAUCAAGAAGAAGAAGCUGCACAUACAUAGAGCAGUUGCCGAGGACAGCGGUAUGUACACUUGUCUGGCCAAGAACGCGGCAGGAUCCUCGCCGGUGACCGAGAGUUACCCGUUAAUCGUUUCCGGAAAUGAAACUGCGACGAUUAAAGUCGUUCCGAGAAAUCUGAUCGCUAAGCGCGGCGAACCGGCUGUGCUACAUUGCGUCUUCGAGGACGCCGACGAGGUACAGUGGUUCUUCAAGGAAAUUGGUCCGCUGGAAUCCGACGAGGAGCGAACGAUUCUCGAGAACGGCACUCUCGUGAUACACGCCGCCGAGCAAAGGGACCAGGGAUUUUACUCCUGCCAUGGAAUAAGGGACGAGACUACAAUCAGUUAUACGGUCGAAUUACAAAUUGCCUAUUUACUAAACUUUUCGAUGGCCGCUUUCGAACCGAAACUUCCAACUCAGUUGGCAAUUGUUGGCGAGGAUCAAGAAUUCCAGAUAAGCUGUCUGGAGCCGUUAGGGGUUCCGCCGCCUAAAGUUUAUUGGAGGGAUCCCACGGGACAUAUAAUAAGCGACGCCGGCCCCGUGCGAGUACAAGACAGUACGCUCAUCAUCGCAAAGGCAGAAAUGGGCAAGGACGAUGGCAAUUAUACCUGUGUGGCCGAGAAUCUAGCCGGCGAAACGGAUAUAUCCGUCCAGAUAGUGAUAUCCACCCCGCCGAGUAUCAUAAGUUCUCCAGAGUCGCUCAGCGUGAUGGAAGGUGAUUCUGUGACAUUAACCUGUUCUUAUUCCGGCAUGGAACCGCCCGUAACGCAGGUGCAUUGGUUGAAAGACGGGACGCAGCUGAGGGAAUCGGGCGGGCCGACGAGAUACCGCGUGACUGAUAAUCACGGCAAUGUUACCUUGCAUUUCAAGAGCGUUGAUCUGUCCGACCAAGGACACUAUAUGUGCCAAGUAUUCACUAUGGGAUUUCCGUCCCUAUUUUCGGAUCCGGCCGUUCUCACAGUCGAGGAGAAGCUCAAAUUCUCGCCCCAGCCUGUCAAUAAACGCCUAGAACUCGGUUCUACGGUGAAGGUAUCAUGUAAGGCUCAAGGUGCCACGAAUCCCACAGUGAAGUGGGUCAAUGAGGACGAGGACGACGAAUUCCCCAAGCACGUGCAGGAUAUCAAUGGCACUCUGCAGUUCAACGGCGUUCUGAUGGAGGACAAAGGUCGAUACACUUGCAUCGCGAGCAACGCUCAGGGAAUCAUCAAUCACACGAUUACCAUCGAUGUAGUUAUCGCACCGAAGUUCACGAUACAACCGCAAAAUCCAACGGAAGCGAUCGAGGGAUAUCCAUUGAUGUUACAUUGUGCCGCCGAUGGUGAUCCAAAGCCGACUAUUCACUGGGAUAGGGAUUCCCGUAUGAAUAAUUUAGAAGAUCCCCGUUUCGAAGUAUUAAAGAACGGAAGUUUGCACAUUAAAGAGGUGUAUCUUAGCGACGAAGGAAAGUACGGAUGUACCGCCGGUAAUAGCGGUGGUCUGAAGCGGGAGGAGUUUCAAUUAAAUGUAAAAGCUGGAGAUAAUUAUAGAGCCGAUAUGGAUUUGGAGGCAAGCGAUGAUGGUUCGAUGAUGACCAAAACGGUAACGAUUACUCUUAGCGCAGCCGCAGCAUAUAUGGUACUCGUUAUUGGUCUCAUGUUAUAUUGCCGUUAUCGACGUCGUCGCAGGAAGCAACAAUACUUGCAGGAACAAACGGAAGAAAAAAUGGAAAAUGGCGAUAUACCGGAGGAACAAACGGAGUUGAAAGAAACCGGUAAUAAAGCAAAUUCGACAAGCAAGAAGAAGGAGAACCGCGAUUCUCACAAAAGUGACGGCGCGGAUACAGCUCAGAGCCAAAGUAGUAAUCAGUCUAAGAAAUCCAAGUCGAAUUAUGACAAAAUCGCCGCUUCGCGAAGCAAUUUGAAGGAACUGAAACCUCUCGGGCGAGGUGAAUUCGGCGAAAUUUACGCUACGAAAUAUCAAAUCGAUGGCGACAAGGAAUCCGUGGUUAUGGUCAAGAGUCUUACCAACACGAAAGAUGAGACUGCUCUUCACGAAUUUAAGCGGCAGCUGGAUCUUCUCCAUAAGCUUAACCAUGAGAACGUUGUCAAGUUAAUCGGUCUAUGUCGAGAAGAGGAGCCCGAUUACAUGAUUCUUGAGUAUACUGACUGGGGUGAUCUGAAGCAGUUCUUGAUCGCUUCACGAAAAGACAACAAUCCAAGUCCGACGCAUGAAUCGAAACCGGCGCGUGCGCCUCAGCUGUCGGUGGCACAGAUACUGUCGUUGUCCAACCAGGCUGCAAAGGGCCUAAAACAUUUGGCCGAUAACCGACUGGUCCACAAAGACAUAGCCGCGCGCAAUUGCCUGAUCGCCAGCAACCUGACGAUCAAGAUUUCACUACCGUGUAUGACCAAAGAGCCGUAUCGGUUGCCUUACGAGGCCGUGUAUGAGGACGAAUAUUCCACCAAGAGCGACGUGUAUUCGUUCUCUUGCCUGGUCUGGGAGAUGUUCCACCAGGGCGAACUGCCGUUCAAUAAGAUAAACGAUGAAUCUGUACUGGCUCAAAUUAAGGCACAAACGCUCGCAUGGAAACCACACAAGGCGGCGCCGCCGGCUCUUCAGGAGUUACAAGCGCAGUGUUGGGCGAACGAUCCGCGCGAGAGACCAACCUUCGACGAGGUAGUCUCGAAAAUAGGCGAAAUUGUAGUCGACAGCUGCCUGUAGUCUGAGCGGCCGAAUUAUGCGAAGCUCUAAAUAUCGGAAAUACUGCAAUAGGGGUAAUGAUUGUGCGGAGCUGUCGAGAGGUAAGGCUGACGAGCGCCGAUGAUUUACGCGGCGGUGACCCAUCCCGAGAUAGGUGAGGGGGACCCGAAAACGCCGCGGCUUCGCGCGCACGCGAGAAUAAUUAACCGGCUUUCAUGUUAAACGCUUCGUAUCAAUUAUAUACGCGUAUAAUGGAUCGUAGGGGGAAUCCAUCCUUCUUUUGUAAAUGAAAAAUGCUUGCUCAUUAAUCAUUCAACGCGCGAGAAUUAUGUGUUUCACUGACGUCGAUACGUCCGCGCGAAUCAUGAUGUAUAGACUAUACGCGAAAUUCAAAUCGCACAUCUCGUACCAUUUUGAUAUACUUCGUUACAUGUGAUCGAGUGAGUAACAUCUCUCUACUGUACGAGAAAUUUUAAUAUAUUUUAUAUAUAUAUAUGGAGCUCUCGCAUGAAGUGCUUCACGCAGAGAUUCUUUUAUUAUCAUUGUAUUUUGAGCACUUUUAGAUUUUGCUAUCUUGUUACACAAACGUUUUUCGAAAUCGCGCGAUCGAGCAAUCUCUCUUAUAUAUCGCGAUUUUUGAACGUUAUCUUGAUCUCCUCUCUCUAUCGUUUCCAUAUUACAUAUUACGUAUCAAGUAGGUAGGUAGAUAUUAUAGUAAACCAUUGGUUCCACAAUAAUUAUUCAUAUUACAGUAUUUUAUCGUGUCCACACACUAGCUCGAUAAGGAAAUAAUAUUUAUUUCGAAUAACGUCUCUCUCCGCUCCAUUGACUGUUCUAUGUCGGACUAAGUAACGAAUCUGUAUGGGCCCAUUACACGUUAUUACGCAAUUAAUGCAAUACUUAUAGUAUACAGUAUCGAUAUAAUAAUAAGUAUGAUCACCGCACAUCGAAUACUCGUAAGGUAUGUUAAUCGUUAGACGAGCCAUAGUCACGGAAACUGAUAACGGGAACGUUUUAAUCGCUCGAGAUUACGUGGAUGUUCUCGAUUAAAUGUCAGUGAUCGGACUCGGCGCUGCAACGACACGCAUAUUAAGAAAGUAUCACGACCAUAUCAAAUGACGAAGGAAAUCUUAUCUCUGCCUACAAUACUUUUACACGCGCUCCGUUAAGACAGACAUACAUAUAAAAAAAAACUUAAGGAUUAUUUAUAAUAUAUAUAUAUAUAUAUUUAUGUGUGAUAAGGACAUAAUCGACCACUCGUAUUUGACGAACAAGACGGCCUUGUACAUACCGAUGGUAUACGCGUAAGUUCUCUUUAAGCGCGAAAAACUAGUAUGAAUCAUCGUGUUAAUUUUCAUUAAUAAUGUGAUCAUUCGAAUUACCGGAUGAUUUUUUAUUGCUGGAAGAAAUUUCGUCGUGUUGAUAUAUCAGAGAUAAAAAGAUUAUGGCUGGAUGCUGGUGCGCGAGAAAAUCGUAAUGAUACAACAUAUACAGAAUGAUAUUCGAAAACUUAUUUUUACAUACGAAAAUUAGAAACGAUCACACACAAACCAGGCGAAGUAUCGCUCGCGAUAUUUUUAUGCAUCCAAGAGAUUUACGGUUUGAUAAAUGGCGCGAACAAUCUAUAUGUAAUGGUCCAAUAAGAGAAAUGUAUUGAGUAUAUAUUCGACCCUCCAUAUUAUCCGACUUGUACAACGAAAAUCAACGUUCGUAUAUUUUAAUGGUAAGUUGUAUCAUUGUUCUCUAUUUCUGCAUUCAAUUCUACUGUAAGUAAUAAUAAUACUUACGCGAGACAAUUAUAAGAUAUGCAUGUUUGCUUCUUCCACUUUAUACAAGACUUGGGUCGAUAGUUCGAGAACGAGAUUCGAAGGGUACAAAAAAAAAAGAAUCACCGAUAAAAAAAUAACAUCUUUUAAUCGUGCAGGAGUGACGGCGACAGAAAUGCUUGUAGCGAGAAAGAAUUGUGUAACUCAUUCGUAUUACGGUCCUAAUAGUUUGUCGAAGAAUUAAAAUGUGGCAUAGAACCGUGCGGAAAAACGUUGUAGCGUGUGUCCGCAUUAGUUCGGCUUCAUAGAGUUUCACGUACGGAUGAGAUAUACGAGAUAACUUAUGAUCUUUGACACACAAAAAAGAUAAUUGCGGCGUAUUGUAAGAUCUACUUAAUCCACUUUUCUGAUCCCAAUCUCCAAUGACAUGUUUUUGAACAAAUGCGCAGAGUAACAUCUUCAUCAAAAAGUAACCAUUAUUAGAUCGUGAAAGGAAUAUUAAGAAAAAGAAGCACAAAUUGACGCAAUAAAAUUCCUUUGAAAUAUCUAUUUGACAAGCUGUUUAAAAAAAAAAAAAAAAUUCUUUUGAAAAAAAAAUCUUUUCAGAGAAAUUAAAAAUUUAUUUCAAACGAGCAACUAUAAGCGAAUCGUCGGCUUUGUGCAUGCUGAAAAAUAUAUGAUGUACUCUAUACGCAUAUAUAGAUAUACGAAAUACUGAGAUAACACUGUAAAUGAGAAAUAUGCAACUGUUCUCUAAAUUUAAAGCACCCUCGUCAUACCGAGCAUAGCAAACCGCGAAAACACUUUGUCUACGUGGGAGCAUCUUCGUGUUUUCGUGGAUCUCUAAUUAAGAAUAUGUAAAAGCACGAAUAAUCCUUCAAGUAUCAACGGAUCAUCAGAACUCGUAGCGUCUCUACGAGCGAAUUUUAUAAUGCUUCCUAAAUGUUCACUAUAUUCAUCAAGAAAUAUUCUUGUGAUCAGUGAUGGUGAGCGUACUUAAAGUAAUAGUAUAAAAUUAAUUGCGUGCUCUUUUCAGAUUUGAUUUCAACGAAACUCGCGAUAGACGCACACAGAGAAGAUUAAAAAAUAUUCGGAUAGAAGGCUAAUAGAAAUAUUUAUUAAAAAUAUGUAUCUCUAAAGAGUAUUUCUGCAAUGAAAAUAAUUCGGCAUUUUUAUAUCAAACAGUUAAUUUUUAUCACAAGUUGGAUAUAUCUGAAUGAAAAAGAAUUAAGUUGCAUGUGUGGUCAUCGCAAUGUAAGAUAAGCCACAGUCAUUUAAAUAUAAAAAGAUAUUCUGAGCACUCAUACUCGUAUUUAAGUACGACCCCCCCUCACUGCUUGUAACAUAUAAACUACGCUAGGAAUAUACCUUGCAGCGAUCUAGCUCGUACUACGAGUACGUAAAGUUAAGGCCAAUUAUCCAAGUCCUGUGUGCUCAUAUCAUUCGCUCAGAUAUUCUCUCAUCGUGAACGACCCAUUGCCAUAAAAAAAAAA